GCCACCUGUCAGUGUCCAUCAAUACCAGCUGUCAGUGCUCAUCAAUACCACCUGCCAGUGCCCAUCAGUGCCACAUCAUUGCCACAUAUCAGUGCCCACCAGUGCACAUCAAUGCCACAUAUCAGUGCCCAUCUGAGCUGCCUUUCAGGGCCGCCUAUCAGUGCCAGUCAGUGCCGCCUAUCAGUGCCAGUCAGUGACACCUAUCAGUGCUCGCCAGUGCCACCUAUCAGUGCCUGUCAAUAUUGCCUAUCAGUGCCACCUACCAGUGCCAGUCAUCAGUGCCACCUAUCAGUGCCAUAUAUGAGUGCUGCCUUUCAGUGCCCAUCAGUGAUGCCU